AUGACAACUCACUUUCUGCUUCCUUCCAGAUUUCCCGGAAUUGCGGCAAGAAAUGAGAAAGGUACAACGAAGGUCACAGGUAUCGGUAAUCAGCGCGUUAAUUGGAAUUCAGCGUAUCAGCGCGCUUUGUUUGAUCUUGUGGUAAUGUCAGGGGUAGAUGACUUUGAAUGGGAGUUGUCCAAGGAGAAUGUAAAACCAUUGAAAGGUGGUCGAUCUGUUGAGGUGUUAAAUAAAGUACUAUCAUCGCAAAGAUCAAACGAAUUUCAGCUGAAACGUCGUCUUCUUAGGGAAUAUUUCGAACUGAAAUUAGCCAGCUUGCCUGUUUCGAAUGAGAAGUUUCAUCUGUAUACCAGAUAUAUCAAAUGGAUAGAACAAAAUUAUCCUUCAUUAGGAAAAUGUGCUGACCUACAGAAUGUUCUUUAUCGGUGUGUACGUGAUUCCUCUGAACUACCCGAAAUUAGAAAUAAUGAUAUCUAUGUGAAUUGUUGGAUCAAGUUGACAGAAUACUGCGAUCAGCCAACAGAACUAUUUGAAUUGCUCUUCAGGCAAGGUGUUGGUACUAUGUGUUCAGCAUUGUAUAUCACUUGGUGCAAUUUGUUAGAAAAACAAAAGAAUUAUCGUAAAACUGCAUCUGUCUAUGCACAUGGUUUACGUGCUGGCGCUAAACCGUUAUUAUGGUUAGAAGAUAGAGCUGAAGCUUUUUUUCAACGGUAUGAAAAUUAUCUGAAGGCUUCUUCUAUUGAUGACAGUUAUGAUAGUCAAACUUCGACAAUGAUGAAUUUAUUUCCAGAAGCAGAUAAUCCUUGUGAUAAGAAUCAAACUGAAAAUACACGCAAAAAAUUAGCUUCAUUACUUUUAGUUGAAGCAGGUGGUGGAAGUGAGAAGUUAAUUGCUCCAGUUUUAAGAACAAAAGAAAUGUGGCAUCCUAAUCAAUCUGGUCUUGGUACUUCGAAUCCGUCGAAAAGUACGCGCAACACAUGUAAUUAUGAAAUCAAAUCGGAUACACUAUCUCAAGAGAAUCCAGUACUAUUGCGUGAUUUACCACCAGUUAUAGAAAAUAAUGGAUUACAAUCUAAUAAUCAGUUAACUGAUUUUAUCCGUCCAGUUGGAAUUCCUUCAUCAUGGCAAAAAGAAAAUCAAAUAGAACCUGGGCCAUGGAAUAAAGCCUAUAUACCGUCAAUUAGAAGCAUACCAUUAUCUACUAGACCGACUAGUUUACCGGAGUGGCAGAUCUUCACAGAAGGUGAGAACAGACAACAGGAACAAGAACCACUGCAACAUCAAAAUGAAGGUUCACAAGUAUCUGGUAACUCACAGCCAUCUGUUAUUGCUAAACGUAAAGGUUUGAAAUUGAAAAGUCUGAAAGAAGAUGAAUUAUUUCAUCAAGAAACAGUGAAAAUGGCAUAUAUUGAAGUUAAAUCAUUCAAUCAUAUUUUACAGUGUAAUAAAAAUAAAAAUACAGAUUUGUUAUAUAAAGAUGAUGAAUUACUGAGUAAAUUGGAUUUGCCAAGUCUUCCAGGAGAUAAAAUAUCAGAAAUCGAUUGUUUCGCUUUUGAUAUUUCUCUUAUCUAUGGUGGUAUUGAAGAGUUAUGCUGGGAAAUGCAUCGUGGUGUAAACUGGAAUAUUGAAUGCAAUAAUGCACAUAAUACAUUAAUUAAGAAAGGUAGAAAGAAUUCAGGAGAUUGGGAUAAAGAGGAAGCUGAAUUGAUCACUGAAAUCGAUGAUAUUAUAAAUGGUGUCAACAACACUAUAAUCAAUGAACAAUCUGUAAAGAGUGUCACUGUGGAAUCAACUCGGCAUACACUAAUCAAAUCAUUGGAAACUAUUGCAUUAGGCCAAGAAAGAUGA